AAAAAAUGUCAGAACAUGCAAAGAAUAUAAAUGCUCGCCGAGAUAAGCGAUAGAUAUAACAGAAUCAUAAGUUCUAAAAUUUAGAUGUCUGCCAUACAACUGCUGGUUUUGGGCUCAGCUCUUUUGGCUGCAGUAUACAGUGCGUGUCCUUCUGGGUGGCGCCCUUAUGGUGGAAACUGUUACAUGUUUCAGAAGGAAAUACAAACUUGGGCAGAUGCUCGGUUUAUGUGUAAGUGGCACCACAACAGCGAUUUGAUCACCAUUGAGACACAAGCAGAACAGGAUUGGUUUAAAAAGCAGGCUUUGACAUUUAACUACACAGAGGAUGAUGAUGGAUUCUGGCUUGGCGCCACCGACUGGGAGAAUCAAGAAACCUGGAUUUGGGAACCAACAAAGCAGCCAAUGACAUAUAAAGUUUGGGGUGGUAAUCCUGUUCCUCAACCAAACAACAGAAACGGCAGUGAAAACUGUCUAGCUGCAGUGAAAUUCUUUGAUUUUUUGUGGAGUGAUGAGUUUUGCAACUGGCAAAGAGUUGGAUAUGUAUGUGAGAUGGCGGAACCAACAGCACCAGUUGUCGGAUAGGAAGUAGCUACCAGU